AGCUGCGCCGCCCGCUCCUCCCAUGGAGCAGCCCGCGCCCCGGCGCUCCCGGGCGGCUCCCGCGGGAGGGGGCGCGGCCGCCCCCGCGGCUCCACCCUCUCGGCGGGGCCGCGGCCAUCUGGGGCCCCUGCCAGCCGCGUCCGCUCCGGGGCCGCGCCGGGCGUGCGGGAGGCCGUCUCCCCGCGACCCCCGCCGGCGCCGCCCGCGAUGCCCCGAGGGUGCAGCGGCCGUGAGCCCAGCCGCGCGGGAAGCGCGUCGCAGCGGCCGCGGCGCCCCUCGCCAGCUCGGUGACCCUUCGGGCGCCGGGACCGGAGCCCCGGAGCCCAGCCCCGGCGGGGCCCGCGCGGGUGGCCAGGUCCGUCUCCUGACGCCCGGGGCGGGCGCCGGCCGCGGAGCCUCGGCCUGACGCGUCGCCUCCCGCCUCUCCCCCCGAGCCCCCCGCGAGCUGGCAGGAGGAAAUAGCGCGCGGCCCCUUUAAAUUUACCCAGGAGCCCUUAAAGGAGCCCCAGGGGCCCCCAGACAGGAAUCCCCACCCCGGUCCAGCCCGCGCCGCCGAGCGAGCAGCCAGCCGUCCGUGCGGCCGCUGCCCCUGCAUGCGCCCCGCGCCCCGGCGCCCCGCGCCCCGAGUGCCCGCGCGGGCCGCCGCCGGCGCCGCGCCCCGCCGCCCGGGGGCCCCGCUCCACGGCGCGGCGCAUGGAACCCGGCGGGGACCACCGGAGCCGGAGCGGCGGCGGCAGGGGCGGCCCCGGGCCAGCAGCGGCCUCGGCACGGGGCCGACGGCUGCCGCCCGCGGGACUGAGCGGCGGCGCGGAGCCCGAGGACGACGACGGCGGGCAAGAUCUUCAUCUGGAAGGGGGGACCUUGGGGACCUGGGGGAGCGCCCCCCUACCCUCCUCCAGGUCCAGGGGACCACCAUCUUCAGGCAGGAAAUACUCAGACCACAGCGAGGCCCGGGCCUCCAGGCCCGGCAAGAGCCGCAUCCCAGGCCGCGACCACAGGCGGUACUACCAUGACCACUGGCGGCUGGAGUACCUGAUGGACUUCAACCCCGCCCGGCACGGCAUGGUGUGCAUGGUGUGCGGCAGCUCCCUGGCCACGCUCAAGCUCAGCACCAUCAAGCGGCACAUCCGCCAAAAGCACCCCUACUCCCUGCACUGGAGCCCCCGGGAGAAGGAAGUGAUCAGCAACAGCUGGGAUGCUCACUUGGGGCUGGGAGCCUGUGGCGAGGCUGAGGGCCUGGGGGUCCAGGGGCCUGAGGAGGAGGAGGAGGAAGAAGAGGAAGAGGAAGAAGAGGGGUCUCACCUCCAAGCUUGCCCGUCCAAGGGCCCAGGCAAAGCCCCAGCUGGCGGGGCCGGCAGGCGCCCGCGACGAGGGGGCCCAGGGGCAGCCCGGGCUCGGCGCCAGCGCCACGCGGCCUCCCGGAGGGCCAGGGGCAGCAGGGGGCUGGGGGCUCGGCGCCUGGAGCGGAGGCUGAAGGAGUCCCUGCAGAACUGGUUCCGGGCAGAGUGUCUCAUGGACUAUGACCCUCGGGGGAACCGGCUGGUGUGCAUGGCAUGUGGCCGGGCACUGCCCAGCCUGCAUCUGGAUGACAUCCGUGCCCACGUGCUGGAGGUGCACCCCAGCUCCCUGGGGCUCAGCGGCCCCCAGCGCAGCGCCCUGCUGCAGGCCUGGGGUGGCCAAGCCGAGACCCUGUCUGAGCUCACUCAGCCCCCACCAGCAGACGAUGACCUCGUCCCCCAGGACCUGACCAGAAAAAGCCGGGACCCGGCCCCCGCUGCUGGAGCCCCCUCCUCUCGGGAUCCCAGUCCCCCAGACGUAAAGGAAGAGGCUGGCGGGGUCCCUGAGGGGCCCGGGCCCGCAGACCAGAAGGAGGAGCUGGAGGAGGGCGAGAGGGUGGGGGGCCCAGGCCGGGGCCCGCGGGGCCGCGACCACCGCCGCCACUACCAGGAGCGCUGGCGGCUGGAGUACCUCAUGGAGCUGGACGGCGGCCGGCGCGGCCUGGUGUGCAUGGUGUGCGGGGGCGCGCUGGCCUCGCUCAAGAUGAGCACCAUCAAGCGGCACAUCCGCCAGCGCCACCCGGGCUCCACGCGCCUCAGCGGGCCCGUCAAGGCCCUCAUCGCCCAGGAGUGGAGCGAGAAGGCCGCCCACCUGCUGGCCCUGGGGCUGCCCUGCCCCGAGCCCCCCCAGGCCCCCGCCGCCCCCGGCGCAGCCGCGGCCUCCGAGGCGGGGGGAGGGGGCCCGGAGGCGGAGCCGGAGGAGGAGGCGUGGUGGGGCGCCGCCCCGCCUUCUCCCGGGGAGCCGUCGGAGCGGCCCGCCGAGGGAGAGGACGACGAGGAGGACGGCCAGGAGCCCGGGGGGCUGGCCUUCCCGCCGCUGCCCCCGCAGCCGCCGCCGCCCCCGCCCCCACCACCACCCCCGCCGCCGCCGCCGCCGCCGCCUCCCCGCAGCCGGGAGCAGCGGCGCAACUACCAGCCGCGCUGGCGGGGCGAGUACCUGAUGGACUACGACGGCAGCCGGCGCGGCCUGGUGUGCAUGGUGUGCGGCGGCGCGCUGGCCACGCUCAAGGUCAGCACCAUCAAGCGGCACAUCCUGCAGGUGCACCCCUUCUCCAUGGACUUCACGCCCGAGGAGCGCCAGACCAUCCUGGAGGCCUACGAGGAGGCGGCGCUGCGCUGCUACGGCCACGAGGGCUUCGGGCCGCCCGCGCCGGCGCCGCGCGAGGGCGGCGCGGACCUCAAGGCGGGCGCCGUGUGCCGGGCGUGACGGGCCGCGGGCCGGGCGGGGCGGCCUUGCCUGGGAGGCGCCGCCGCUGCCCCCCGCUGGCCGGGCCGGGCGGAGGUUGGGGGUCGGCGGGGCGCCGCGGAGUCCCCGGUGCUAGACGGACCCCGCGCCCCGGCCCUCCCCGCACGGGGCCCCGCGUUUCCCGAGGAGCCCCCGCCGCCUCCGGGCUCCGGCACGAGAGCCCGCAGCCCCGCCCGGCCCGGCGGUGCUGUGCGGGGCCAGGAGGGGGCGCCGGCGGUCAGUAUUAGGACCCGAGACGGGGCUGCGGGGAGGCCAGGGGGCUGGCGCUCCGUCCCUGGCCGGAGCCCCGGAGGCCGGGGCGCAGACGCAGGCCGCUCCGGAGGCGGGGCCCGGGCAGCCCGGCGGGGAAGGGGCGUCGCACCCGGGCUGGCGGUUUUCGUGGGCGGGAAGGAGGUGGCUGGGCCCCCGGACUGCGGGCUGCGUGGGCACCGCCCGCCUCCCGCGCCCUCCGCGCCGCCGGAGGAGACCCCCAAAGGGAUUAGCACUUUUUCCUUUGCGCCCCUCCUGCUCUGGGCUCCGCGCACCCCGCAGCUCAGGCGCUGCUGCUCUCCCGCUCCCGCCCGGCUCCUUUGUACGCGGCGGGCGCGCCGCCGGCCUCGGGGCCCAGGCCUGGGGCCGGCCUCGGCCUUCGUCGGCCCCGCCGGGGAGGGGCCCCGUGAUCUCCCAGGCAGGUCCGAGAGGGAUGUGUAGAUUCAUUCUCCUGUGGAGAACGGGUGGCCCCCAAAUCAGGCCCUUUUUGCUCUUUGUAUUUUAUUUGGAAACUGUAUUUAAUGCUUUUAUAGGGGAGGGGAGGGGCGGGGAGAGAGCUGUCCCAGUCACCUUUGCGUGCAAAUGUCUUAUUUAUUAAGGAGUGUCAGAGAUAAGCUGCGAGGCGGUGGAGAAGGACUUAAGGGGUGAGGGCAGAGGGGAUGAGGGUCCCACCCGGGGACUCCGGCCCCGUGCCUGCUCUUCACACGGGCCGGUUCUUCGGCCGUAAGGCUGAGUGUGGGGAGGCCAGGCUGCCUCCGUGGCGGGAACAGCAAAGAGGAGCCCUUCCCCCAUCCCGGCCCCGCCAGGCCAGAGCCCAGGGUUCAAGUGCCGCAGGCCCGGUCCCCUCGACUCUUCCUGAUUUGGGAAUUGGAUUUUAUACCACGGAUUUUAUAGCAUUUUUAUAUAAUUCAAGAUUGUCCGAGUUGGAAAGACCUUGGAGAGUAACUAGUAUCUGCCUCCACCCCUUUCACGGAGAGGUAAAAGGAAGCCCGGAGACUGAGUUGUCACGCAGCCAGCUAGGGACAGGACACACACUAGGAUAAAACACGUCCAGUUCAGUUUCUUUGCACUACAUGACGCUGCCUCCCGAUCUCUGGUAAGUUAGGAGAAGGCUCCCACCUGACCGGCCGCAGGACGGCAUGCUGGGCGCUGCAGGCUGUGCCCGGGCAGUUAGCUGUGACCUGGGGGGCGGCACACUGCCCCGAGUGACUCUCAGGCCGCAGGCCCAGCAGGAAGGCAUGGGCAGCAGCCGUCCAUCCGAACCUAAGCGGGUUUGACUGCUGCCUGGCCCCAGGCCUCCCGCCAGGGCCAGGGCCAGGGCCCUGCCAUUGUGCGCAUGGCUCUCAGUUGACUGGAGAGUGAAUAGUGUUUGAACCCUCAGGGUUUUUGAGACAGUAUUACAAGCUUGAGACCAGGGAUUAUGGAUGGCACCAGGCUGGGCACUGCCGUUCUUUUCUUUUCCUUCACACAAGCCGUUUUCAAACCUACAAUUAGUAUUCUGCCACUUUUGCUACUCUGCCUGUUCAAAAACAGUAGGCAUAUUGGGGCAACCUAUUCUAUUGUAGCCACCAGGCCAGCAUUGCAUUGGAGCGAACGGAAACAAGUUCCUGGGCCCACCUCACUGCGCCCACCACUGGGGGGUGGGGGGCAGUGAUCCGUUUUAAUAAGCCCUCAGCCAUCACAAACGCUCACUUCAGUGCUGACCACCAGUGGCAGGUGCCAGUGGGUGAUGCCCGUGUCGGCUGGAGCUGUGGCCUCAUUGCCCAGGGGCCAGGCUGUCCCUCUAGGUGUGUGCCUCCUUGUCUCGGGAGUCUGACGUGAACAGGUGACAUUUCUUCAUGAGCUUUUUGUUAAUGGUAUGCUUGCUAUAUGGCCAAUAUGUACCGUAAAUGUUAACUCUGAAUACACAUUUAUGUACUAUGUUAGUGACAUUCAUUAUCCAAGCAUUUGUAUGCAUAUUUGUCAAGUUUGCAUCAGUUACUAUUUUUUUAAGUUUCAGCCUGUUUUGUAAGGUAUGUUGAGUAAACUUAAAAAAAAGAAAUCCAGCUUAAGGGGCAUGGCAGCCUUGGUUUUGGAGGAGAGUCCCAGGUGACAAGUGUUUCGGCAAAGACCCGAUGAAUUUAGUUUUUGUUUUCCAUGGCGAUGGACGGAGUCGUCAUGGCCAUGUGUGAUUUGGAAGCUGCUUCCUGUGUUGUAGGCGGGACCCUCCUCAGUUGGUGUGAGACUGAACGGGGCAGCAGACCCCUGGCCCCUUCCACUCCUCAUCUUGCUCCUGAGGCUCACCUCUUAGAGGGGCUCCUACAUCCUUUCAGAAACCAAACGCACGUCCUGGCUGUCCUGUGGAAGUUCUGCAGUCUGGGGCACCGAUACUGGUAUCAACUCUCAGUUGCUUUUAAAAGCCGCAAAGUGGAGUGGGGGUGGGGGCCAGUGGAAGACUUGUUUGGUUCUUUCUUUAUUCAAACUGUGUAUAAAGAAUAAAGUUAGCAGAAUGACACCAGACUUUUCAAUUUUUAUUAAUACCACAUCAAUUUAAAGUUUCACAGGAACCAAGAUUCAAGCUCCUUAGGUGCUACUGUAUUUUAUGUUGCACGCACACACACGCACAGUUUCAUGAAUUUUUCAUCUAUGGGCUUUUCUUAAAAUAAAAUAAAGUUCCUGUGUGGCACAAGACCUGCCCAAGUAGCUAAGCACAGCAUUACCAAAGGAAGCGGGCGCAGGUCCCAGGGUGGACAGGCCGGAGGGGAGGCCCGGAGGUCACGGUGCAGGCUUCCCGGGAGGCUGCGGGGGGCGGAGGAUGCACAUUCUACACCAUGACCGGAAAUCAGCUCAAGUGUCAAAGGGCUGAGACAUAGAAUGCAGUAAGGCAAGGAUGCCUGUGACCAUCUAAGCUCCUAAGUAAUUGCCCCCAAAAGCAGCCGCUCUCCUUCCGCCACCUCAGCCUACAUGCAGUGCUUUGGGGCCGUCACACAUCGUGGCCCUCACGCUGAAGUCACCAGGCAGGUUCCCUCUGGGUUGUCAUGAGUUACAACCUGAAGGAACUCACAGGUGUCAUUCAAAUCUACAGAAUUUCCAUGUUGGAAGGGGAGGCGGACGCUUAAUCUCAAAUGGGAAUCCAAGGUCCCCCGUUGCCCUUCGCCCGAUGCUCUGUGUCUUUUAACUGCACAGAGCCCAUCAACACACCCAACCCUGCCGUGCCUGGCCUGGCUUCCUGGAAAACUCUCCAAAGGGGAGCCUGGCCCAGACACAGGCGCUAGGACAUCCUGUGUGCCUGGGAGAGAAAGGAGCCCUCGGCACAGCACACCCAGAAGCCCGCCUCCGUUAACACGGCCUGUGCACCUCCCUGUGCUCAUCUGUGGUCUCUGCCGGACACAGCACCUCCGCCCACCGCGGGCUGUGGCUUCAGGGCCCAGCGCUGAGCACAGGCCAGAGGCAGCCGUGAAGGGGAGGCUGGGGAAAGAUGAGGAGAAAGCCUGUUUCCGUAGUGUGCCUCUGGGCAUCCCCUCCACGGACUGAGAUAGGAUCACAACAACUCAACAACCCAGGAGCCCACAUGCAGAUUUUUUCCGCUAACAAGUUUACAGCAGUAUACAGCAGUUACAGACAUUUGUUUCAGGAUAAGAAAAGUACAACCAUAUUUAUUAAACUUGAGGCGAGGUGGGUAGGAAGGGGGAGGAAAGCACAUUCAGGAAUAAGCUCUCAGACUAAAGCUUGGAACUAGUGUCCCGAAGGACCCCACACCACCUUCCGAUGGCGGAGCCUCUCCUUCCUGUCGGCGGCAGGCAGUGCGGGCUCCCGCUCCAAUCCCACCGGCUGGUUCGGUUUUCGGCUACCAGAUGGCAUCUGGUAACCGGGAAUUGUUACCAUCACCUAUAAGUUACUCAGAGCUGAAAGUUUUAUCUAUAAGCGGAGGAGGAAUAUGAAGGGUAGCUGCUCACAUUGUGGGGCGUAAAGAGGGGGUCAAGGGCUGCAAAACCCCCCACAAGCUCGUGGGAAGGAAUCCCACUCUUAUCCCCAGAUAAUUUCUCAAGUUAACCAUUUCUUAGCUUAAAAAUAAGGGAAAAAUUAUGAUGGGCAGCUAUGUAAGAAAAUUACAUAGCUCUGAAAAUUAAAUAGAACCCAAGAGGGGUGUUUUAUAUUUUUCUCCUUUACCCUCCCAUCUUUCCCCUUUCAAGCUAUAUCACCAUUAAGGCUCCACCAUCAUUAAGGCAUUGAUUUGCCUAUUCAAAUGAAUCUGUCUUUAUUCUUUUUUUUUAUGUUCUAAGAUAUCAGUUCAUUUUUUAGUCCAAUAAUUCUUGUGCUUGAUUCUGCAGGUAAAGGGAAAGGAGGGGGAAACACCAAAUU